AUGCUGCGACUUAUAAUUGUUGAUUACUCUGUUCUUCCUCAGGAAACUGAGCACGAUGACCCAAUCCCUGAUGACCCUCCAGUUCCACACGGAGACCCACUCCCUGACGACCCUCCAGUUCCACGCGAAGACCCACUCCCUGACGACCCUCCAGUUCUGCGCGAAGACCCACUCCCUGACGACCCUCCAGUUCCGCGCGAAGACCCACUCCCAUACCGUUAUACAAUUGAGCGCCGAAAGCAGCCUAUAAUUAAUGUGGAGGAACUCGCGGAGACUGCUGUUCUCAAGAAAAUCAAGGAUAUGAUGGAAUAUAUUCUUUUGCUGAAAAAUGCUGCCCUAGAAGAUCAUAUUGCAAAACUUAGUGAUAAUGCACUUGCUUGA